AUGCCGCCUCUCAGAUGGGGCCUCAAUGGGGAGUGGGGCCACUGCAACCGCAGCAUUGCGAGCAGCCUUGGCAGAAGUAGUUACAGCACCAAGGUUUCGACCUUUGGCUCUGACUCAAUACACAUUACCACCCCAGGGGGAGAGGAAGACCAGGAUAAGGCUGCUCUAAGUCCUUGCAAACAUCUACCAGAUAGUGGCGCAGACGAAGCACUAGAAAGGGCCCGUCUUUCAUCAAGCAAUGUGGCCCCUACGUGCACAGGAAAAGUGUCUGGAAAGAAGGGCCACAAAGGUGGGGGGAAGGUCAUCAAACCGGUGGACGUCCUGGCACUUUUCCCGGACUGCGAUGAAUCAUGUGGGGGAGCGGCGCAGGGCAAGUGGGGCAGUAAGAAGCGGCGAAAGUCGGUGGAUUCAAAGGGGACAGCGUGCUUGAAAACAGACGGCGCACUCGGAAGUCCGUGCAAACGGCUGAGAAUCACUCCUUGGGAUGAUGGAGAAAGUGACGGGCACAUUGUCCAAGACAUGGAAGAUUCAAACGAGGCGCCCAUUCGCACCCUGCCAAGCUCCGUCUCGCUUCCGAAGUGUCCGUACACUCAAGAACGGGCCGAGGAGUUGACUCGCAAUCUGCUUGGUAGGUUCACAACCGACUCGCUUGCCAACAUUGAGAAGUUCUUCUGCAAAGUGACAGGCUGGGAUGCGGAAGCAUACUUGUCAAGAAGUGGGAGGAAACCAAAGGUGUGGUAUAGGGAGCGAUUUGAGCUGAUGCUAGAGAGUGGGAAACGCCUGGUGCCUUUGAAGCAGGAUGGCUGUGACUUCGAGUUCAGGGACUGGUUGGAGAAAGAAGGGGGCAAGUCGGGGGUCAAUGUCGAGGCUGAUUCGGAGCGGUCUUCCAAGAUCGAGCGGGAGUCGGUCGCGGAGCGGUUGGAAGAGAUUGAUCUGCUUUGUGGGGCCGAGGAAGUUUUUGGAGUAGAGACUGUGUCGGAAGCGAAGGGGCUGACGGAAGCAGAGGGGAUGUCCAAAGCAGAGGAGGGAAGGGAAGCACAGUUGGAGAGCGAGCUGGCGAAACUGAGGGCACGCCUAACUGCAGCAGAGGCAGAGGCGGCCAUUGCUCAGAAACGGAUUGCGGAGCUCCAAACGGAGUCAGAAGUAGUGCGACUGUGUCUGGAAGGGCGGGUCUCGUGGUUGGAAGAGACAUUGGCUGGAGCAAGGCCCAGUCUAGUUGCGACAGAGUUACUGAAGUUGCCAGAAGCUUCUGCUCAGGAGACUGCGGCGUCUUUGGUCGCUGGUGUCGGCAAGGGGGAAGAAAAGCUCGCAGGGGCGGAGGCACUGAAACAGAUCGCAGAGACGAGGCUGUUGGAACGAGAGGAGGUACUAGCGACGGCUGAGGCCGCGAGGGGGAGCGCCGAGAAGAGACUGCAAGAGCAGGCGACCAGGUUAACCACCGCGGAGAAGGGACGGGUUAUAGCUGUGAAAAGUUUGGGCGAGUUGGAAAGUGAGCAUUCUGCGUUGAUCACGCGUUUGAUGGCAGCGAGGGAAGGGUGCAUUGCGGCAAGUCGGAGGGCUGCGGCCGCUGAGAGGAGGGCGGCUGAACUGAUGAGGGAACGGUUCGACCUGCUUGAGUGUCUGGAAGCCACGAAAGAGGACAGUGCGGCAACUAGCGUGAGAGCGGCCAGCGCCGAGGAGAGGGCUUGCGAAGCGGAGAGCCGAGCGGCGCAGUUGGAAAUCGAAGAAAAGGAGAAGUUGGCGGCAUUCGUUAGGGAGCGCUGCGAGCUGCUUCACGCUUUGGGCAACGUAGAAGACAAGCGUGCGGCAACUAUUCUGAGGGCAGCAAAAGCCGAGCAGAGGGCCCGGGAGGCGGACAGUCGUGCGGCACAGGUGGAAAGCGAAGCACGGAAGAGGGUUGCGAACCUGAAGAGGGAGCGUUGCGAGCUGCUUGAGAGCUUGAAAGCCGCAAAAGAAGAGUGUGCGGCAACUAGUAUGAGGGCGGCGAAAGCCGAGCAGAGGGCGCUCGAGGCGGAGAGCCGAACGGCGCAGUUAGAAAACGAAGAACGGGAGAGGGCGGCUGAAAUGACCAGGGAACGUUGCGGGCUGCUUCAGAGUCUGAGAGCCGCGCAAGAGGAGCGUGCAGCAACUAGUGCAAGAACGGCGCAAGCCGAGGAGAGGGCGCUUGAGGCAGAGAGCCGAGCGGCGCACUUAGAAAACGAAGAACGGGAAAGGGUGGCUGAACUGACUAAAGAACGGUGUGAGCUGCUUGAGAAACUGAGGGUUUCGAAAGAGGAGUGUGCGGCAACUAGCGUGAGAGCAGCGAAAGCCGAGGAGAGGGCGCUUGAGGUCGAAAGCCGAGCGGCACAGUUUAGAAGCGAAGAAAGCAAGAGGGUGGCUGGCCUGGCUAAGGAGCGGUGUGAGCUGCUUGAGAGUCUGAGGGUUUCGAAAGAGGAGUGUGCGGCAAUCAGCGUGAGAGCGGCAGAAGCCGAGGAGAGAGCGGUUGAGGUCGAAACCCGAGCGGCGCAGGUAGAAAACGAAGAACAGGAGAGGGUGGCUGAAUCGAACAGGGAGCGUUGUGAGCUGCUUGAAAGCCUGAGAACCUCAAAAAGGAAGUGUACAAUGAGAGCCGCGGAGAAUCAAGCUGUAGCCCUCAACGGCGAGCAGGGAAGGGUGGCUGAAUUGACCAGGGAGCCGUGUGUGCUGCUUGAGAGUUUGAGAUCCGCGAAAGUAGAGCGUCCGGCAACUAGUACGAGAGCCGUGAAAGCCGAGGCGAGGGCCCUCGACGCCGAGAAUCAAGCGGCGCAGUUAGAAGACGACACACGGGUGAGGGUGGUCGAACGGAAGAGGGAGCGGCAUGAGCCGCUUGAGGGUGAAAAAGCGGCAGAAGAGGAGUGUGCGGCAACUAGCAUGAGGACGGCAGAGUCCGGGGAGAGGGCCCUCGAGGCCGAUUGUCGCGGGGGCAGCUUAGAGGAAGCACUCGAGCGCGCGGACAGGUUGAUGAAGAUACUUGGAAUUCGCGUGGCGGAGGAGCAGCUGACGUCAGCAUCGGACGGGGUGAUGCCAACGUCUGAGUCGUGCGGGGGCGAGACAAGCGUGGAGGCCUUAGAGGAAGGGUCUCCUUUGCUAAAACCGGUGAUAACAGAGAGCGCACAGAUGCCGGACUGCGGGUUGUCCAGUCCUCGGAGGGAGGAGGGGCACUUAGAGAGAGGGGAAGACGAAUCAACUUGCUCCUUGAAGAAGCCGGAGAGGUCCUUAGAGUCCGCAACAGCGGCUCCCGUCAAAUUCGACAUGAACGAGAUUCGAAAGCAGGCGGAAGAGUCAAAGGCCGAGCUAGGUUUGCCACGGCACGAUGAGCGAGUGACUGAGCGGAACGAUGCGCUCGCAGCGGUCGAAGAGGCGGAACGAGAGGCGAACGGCAUGCUUGCGGCCGGGUUUCCGCCCAGACUGGAUCUACUGCCGGACGACCUGCCGAUUGGGCUUUGGCAAACUGCGUCAAUCAGCGCCGAAGAAGCAGCGGAACGGCUGCCGGCUCGCAGUCACAGAGCGUUCUGGAGGGGUCUUGGCUUCUCUCCGAAGCAGUCACAAGGGCGCUACACGAUUCGGGCGUUUGGCACUGGCCGCCGGAGACUAGGGCAGUCUUCGAAGGACUUCAGAGUCGCAUUUGAAUCGGCGAUUAAGGAACGAGUAGCGUUCGCUCAGCCGAGUGUUACUGCCACUGUCGCGGACGUCUGCACUGAUGUUGGCAGCACUUGAGAGUGCUCCACGUGGCUUCGUGGGCUGCUCCCAAACGAGAGAAGCGUUGGGGAUUUCGAAAAUAGAGCUGCUUAGAUGCGCGAGCCAAAACCGGCUCCUUAGGUGCUAUAGAGCGAGUAAACUUCGUCGAAAGCAUACGGAGAGAAGUUGCAUGCAGCUGGCAUGCGCUUCUUUGCCCCAGCGUCUGCCAUAUUGGGCGGCCGGUUGCACUCGCCAUUGCUAGAUUCAUUCUUUCGUUGCUAGCUAGCCCAGUCAGCGAGGUAAUCAUAUUCUUCAUUGAUCGCGUCUUGCGUACGACGUGAUCAACGGUACGCGUAUUUGGCCGGCACUGCCAGACGCGUAAUAGAAACGUUAUCGACCUUGAAAUACUUCAUGAUCGAUCAUG